CCGUUUGAAAGUCCAAGGUUGUGGAGAGAGCCUCUACAGUCCUGGACCGAACUGUCUGUAUUGUUUUUGUGACUGUUGGACGAGGCUGAGGGACGACGAGUGGAGAAAGGAUGUCAAACAAUAUGGCUAAAAUUGCAGAUGCCCGCAAGACAGUGGAACAGCUCAAACUAGAGGUCAACAUCGAAAGAAUGAUGGUGUCCAAAGCUGCAGCUGAUCUGAUGGCCUUCUGUGAGGCUCAUGCCAAAGAGGACCCUCUGGUGACACCGGUGCCAUCUUCUGAAAAUCCAUUUCGGGAGAAGAAAUUCUUUUGUGCAAUACUUUAAUCCUGAAACCAUCCAACAAGUUCAAGUUUUGUGUCAUCAUUACUGGAAAUUAUAAGAACAGAAUUAUAAGAACAGAAUAGUAGUGAAUCAUUAAAAAUGCUGGUUUUGGUUGGCCUAGUCAGUGGGAUUAAAAAAAAAAUUAAAACACUUUUUAUUUAAAAUACUGAAUUGUCUGUCUGGACUAGUCUGGCUGAUGGAAAUUAAAUAAUAUUUCCAAUGGGGACAAAGUUCACGAGUGGCCACCAAACCUAGGCCACACCCUGGUCUUUCCUUCCAGCGCCCUACCCUGACAGAGAAUAAACAUUAACCCACUGAAACUCAAUGCUUCAGUGCUUUCUGAAGACUUAAAGAAGAACAUAAUGUCAGAAACUUCCCAGAACAAGAUGUAUCACCUUAGAACAAGAUGUAUCUCUAAGUAGCAUUUUUUU